GGAAUUCACGUGGUGACGUUCUUGAAACUUCUUGCACUUGAAAUUUUGGCCUGCUUCGUUCCGCACGUUUAGUCCGUAAAACUUCACUCACGUGGUGCGUUGGAUUAACAAAUUCAUGUUUUGCGUUACUUAUUAAAAUGAAGUGCCCCAAACAGAACGAGCGGAGGAAUAAACGGUCGAGGGUUGCGGGACUGAACGACGCCCGCUUGACCGAGCUCCUGAAGGAAUGCCUGCAGAAGGUCUGCGAACUGCAGGCCGAUUUACAACGGGACGAGGAUCGUAAUCCGGAAGCCGCAGGAUACGCCGCAUGUGCCAUGGAGACGUUGAGCUUUUUGUCGGCCGAAGGUGUUCCGUCCACUCACCCCAUCGUGCGUCAGCUGAAGGCGCGCUUUAUGGACAACCGAAACUAGCAUUUUAGUCGAGAUAGUUUAAUUCACUUCUAGUCAUUUCGUAGAUUUUAAGUGCUAAUCUAGUCAGAAACUGUCAACAUUUUAUACGUUCUAGUCACAAAUAUACAUUUU